AUGAUUUGCACACCAAUCUGUGGGAGGCUAACUCGUCGUAGUUUAGCUGUCCAACGAUAUUUUAGCCUCAUGAGUACGCACACUGGUUUUAAAAAAGUCGCUUUGAUCCUUCACGGCUGCGGAGUAUUUGAUGGGAGCGAAAUUCACGAAGCCACUAGCCUCUGCUGCAUUGCUCCGGUGCUGGCGGCCCGUUGCUUGCCCGGCGUUCACGUGACCACCGGUACAGACGCUGGCACCGCUAGGGCUAUCAAAAGUAUGGGUGCCGUUCACGAAAAAUGCGAAAUCACUGAGGUUUGCGUCGACGAGAAUCUCAAGGUUGUUACUGCCCCUGCCUACAUGUGUGCCACGGCUACAAUUGCUGACAUCUUCGAUAACAUUGGCCUUCUUGUGAAGAAAGUCCUAUCACUCACUAACUAG